ACCAUUCGGGACAGCAUGCUGUGCACAGCAAUCUGUACAACUGAAGCAAAUAAACAGUGUAAACAACUUCUGGAUUGGCACUGGUUUCCUGAGAAAAUGGAGUGCUUGCCUCAAGGAAAAUGGACACUUGUGAGAUGGAUAAUCAAUUGUUUAUAUAUAAAAGCUGAAAUUGUUGUUGAGUCUGUUACUGAUCUUCCUGUGAAACCUGAUGGUGGACCUUUAUUUACAAGACUACGUAAUCCAAGUACAGGGGAAGCUGCCCUCUACUUAUUCAAUAGCAGUGUACAGCAGCUGUUUGAAGUGAAAGCUUUUCAUGAAGAAUAUCGUUCUUGGUUUAUAGGUCAAGCUGUUCAACGUGAUGGACGUCUGUUGUUUGCAACACCAAUGGAUCCUUUAUUUCUGGUGCUUUUUUACCUCAUAAAGGCAGAGAAAGAGCAAGGAAAGUUCCAACCACUGGAUCAAAUUGUGGUAGAUUCAGAAUUUUCUAGCUGUAUGCUGUUGCUACAGUGUGCAAGAGUUAUGGACUCACUACAUCAUGUAGUAGAAGAAAAAGAAAUUGGCAAUAAGAAAUUUUAUAAAUACAGCCAAGAGAAGACAUUGAUGUGGUUAAAAAAGAAGGUCAACCAGACAGUGAAAGUACUUAAAAGCAGCAAUGUAUGUGUAGGUGGAAAGGUGCAAUCAGCCACAUUUAUCAGCCGCAAACAAAUAACUGAUGUUGAAGAAGGUAAGAAAACCAAGUAUAAUUUUAAUGAAAUACAUCUUUUUGAAAUAAGAUACUUGCAGUUUAGAUGUUCAGUUACAAUCUUAACAGUUUAAAUGGUUUGUAAACAC